UAGGGACCGUGGAUCACGGUGACCCGUCUGGGAGCGAAUCCGCUAGUGGGGAACUCUCUGUGCCCUCCGCUUCGCCUCGCUGCAGCACUUCCUCCCCCCUCGUCUUCUCCGCUGGCCUACCCCGAUCCAGUCGCCACGGCUACCGCCUCUCCCAGUUUCCACCUGUACGUCAUUCCCUGUAGGCGCCGCCGUCCGCUGCACGUUCCACCACCUCUACCCCCGUCCACGGUGGCCAUCGCCUAGGCCCCACCUCAUUGUCCUCCUCUUGGGCGGCCGCCGGCGCCUCCGCCGUUGCUCCCAUGGCGUUAGGGUCGAACGGUCCCGGGAGAGCCGACUGCUGACUGAAGCCCGAGCGCAGGUGUUUUCUUGCCCGGUGGAACUGAGGCCCGCCACCUGUUCGACGGAAUGCCGAAGAGGCGCAGGACCAGCGAGGAGGCGACCGAUGCGAGCGGCGAGGAUCUCAUCAGCGCCCUGCCUGACGCCGUCCUCCAGGUCGUGCUGUCCUUUCUGCCCUCGGACGAGACAGUGCGGACGUGCGUGCUCGCUCGGCGCUGGCGCCACCUCUGGAAGUCCACACCCGCCCUACGCAUCAUCCAGGGUGUUGUGAUGUACUGGAAUGCCGAGGAGAUGAAUAACUUCGUGAACUACCUUCUACUCUUCCGCGACCGCUUGCCCUUGGAUGAAUGUGAGAUCAGUUACACCAAUCCCUAUGGCCUUGCCAAUGAGGAAUACAGUGAGAUAUUCCGGUUUGCUAAUAUGUGGAUCCGCUAUGCCGUGUCGCUCUGCCAAGCUCAGGUGCUCAAAGUCUGCAUCCGCAAUGUGCCCGUCUAUCUGAUGUGUGGCAAUUCGACUCUCAUGUCACAGUUUCUCAGGAGGGCGGAGCUUACAGGUGUGAAUAUGUGGAAACAUUCACUAGACUUCUCAAGCUGCCCUGCAUUGGAGCAUCUGAAUCUGUGCUCUUCAGCAAUUUAUGGCCCCAAGAUCUCAUCCCAAUCAGUGAGACGUCUAAGCAUCACUCAAUGUGAAUUCAAUGUGAACACUGGUUCCCGCAUAUGUAUUUCUGCCCCAUGUCUUGUAUACUUGCAACUAGCUGAUGUUUUUGGGACUGCUCCUCUGCUUGAGAGAAUGCCGUUGUUGGUAACAGCAUUUAUCAGGCUUGGUCACGGUGGUUUUGGUACCUGUACACAUGAAGCUUACGGGGAUUGUGAUGAAUGUUUUCCCUAUGGUGGCUCCUUUAAUUAUCGUGACAGCAAUGACUCUGUGCUUCUACAAGGCUUGUCAGGCACCACCAGUUUAGAGUUGACGACUAUUGAUCCUGAUGUGUUCACUUUCAGAAAGGAUUUGAAACAGUGCCCUACAUUUAGUAUGCUCAAGACAUUAUUACUCAAUGAGUGGUGUGUAGCGGCUGACUUUGGUGCACUAGUUAACUUUCUUCAGUGCACGCCAAUUCUGGAGAAACUUAUUAUUCAACUUCGACUUGAAAAGCUUCCGAGAGAGAAUUCUAUGAUAGAAACGUAUGAAAGCUAUAACCCAGCAGUACAGUUGGUAUUGAAGCAUCUCAAGGAAGUAGAAAUCAAAUGUCAUAAGGAAGACGAGGUGGUUUGCCAGAUUGUGAAGAUCUUGAGUACCUUUGGAGUACUUUCUGAUCAAAUUGACAUCCAAGUUAUCCAAAAGGCAUAUGUUUCUGGAAGUUUCAGCUUCGAGCAGACUGAGAUCCUGGAUUGAUGAUGGAUCUUCAGUCUCCUGAUCGCUUGGGCACCUGUCUACUACAGCUAUGAGUUUGUGGCCUUCUGAUCUGGAUGUUCUAGCAGUCUUGCUUUAUCUGAACCUUGCGUUCUGAGUGAGUACCAGGACGUCCAUGUUAGCUCAGGAUCACUAUGCUGGUUAAAAUUGGUCUCAAGUUCGUUUGCAUUUGGUGUGGGUGUCCGUUAUGCAAUGGUUGCCCUUGGAAACAUGGUUGAUGGGCUUCAAAGUGUUGUUUGUUAUCUGUCCUUGGAUUAGUUCGGCAGACGUUCCGAACGGUCUGAGUUUAUGUCACCAACUUGCUUAUUAUCAGCUCCGCUUC